ACCUGUUUUGCUACAAUUGUGGACUGUGGCAAGACUGUGGUGCCGUGGUUGCGAAAAGUGUGGUGCCUGCUGUGAAAUAUAGACCACCAUGCCCCUUUACGAGGGCAUUGGCUUGAUUGGAGAGAAGCAGCUACCACCAGUGUGCCUGGACAUUGGCAGUGCUUACACAAAAUGUGGGUUCUGCGGCGAGACAGGCCCACGGGCCAUCAUCCCCACCCGUGUCAAGCUGGACGGCCAGGAGCGAUCCGUGUUCGACUACCGCAACAGGGAGGAUCUCGACCGGCUGCUGGUGGCGCUCCUAGAGACCAUCUACUUCAGGCGACUGCUGGUCAGCCCCAAGGACCGCCCAGUCGUGGUCGCCGAGUCACUGCUCACCCCCACCAUCUUCAGAGAUGUGCUGGCCAGCGUCCUCUUCAGGCAUUAUGAGGUAUCGUGUUUGCUGCUGGCGCCGUCGCACCUGCUGGCCCUGAUGCCGCUCGGCCUUCAGACUGGUCUGGUGCUCGACAUUGGUCACGAGGAGGCCGUCUGUAUCCCCGUCUAUGAGGGAGUGCCCGUGCUGCGAGCGUGGCAGGCGCUACCGCUGGCCGCUCGAGCCGUACACAGGUCGCUGCGGGCCGCUCUGAAGGAACACGGUAGUGUGGUGGACCCCGCCGGACGGUCCGUAGAACAGGUGGUCGACAGCCUCAGCGACGCCGUCGUUGAAGAUAUCAAGGUGCGCGGAGUGCUGGUGGCGCCCUCUGCGCCGUCAGAUUCGGCCGGCUCCGAGCCGAUACCCGUCCCGCUGCCGUACCCGCUCCCCGGCGGCGUGACACUGACCGUGGCCGGCCGCAGUCGCCUUCUGCCCGCUGAGGUGCUGUUCACGGCAGACGCAGAUAAUCAGACGCUGGCCACUAUGCUGCUGGACGCGCUACUGCAGUGCCCUCUGGACAGCCGCCGUCCGCUGGCCGCCAGUCUGGUGGUUCUCGGAGGUACCGCUCACCUACCCGGAAUCAAGGCGCGCCUGCUGUCGGAGGUCCGUCGCCAGGCCGCUCUGCCCCCGUACAGCGAGACACUCCACCUGGAUACGUUCAGGAUGCACCGGCCGCCGGCCAAAGCCAACUACCUCACCUGGCUCGGAGGCGCCAUGUUCGGCGGCACGGACGUGGUGCUGACCCGCUCCCUGACCCGGGAGAAGUACCUGGAACUGGGAGCGCUGCCCGACUGGUGCUCCCUGGCGACGCCCGUGGCAGACUCGCGCGGUGUGUAGCUGCCCGACUGGUGCUCGCUGGCGACGCCCGUGGCAGACUCGCGCGGUGUGUAGCGGCCCGGCCGACUCCCCGCUCGGUCGCCUCUGACGGCCUUCCGUCGCCGCUGUGACUGAGCAGUGCUGAGCUUCCUUGGCUGGUCAGCGGGGAUGUUGAACAAGCCUGCUGCCGCUUAUCAUAACACCCAAAGCUGAGAAGUCUGAGAUCCGGUGGGCUGACUGGUGGAGUUUAGAGCUCAGGAGUGCCGUGUGGGUCGGGACGGUGGAGCUGAGCGGGUGUUAGCGGUCUCCCUGCCUCUCCCGGGGGUGCCCACCAGAAGGCUUUAAGUGCUGUUUGGGGGCCGUGUAUUUAAUGUAAUAUUUGUAAUAUUUUCCAUGGUAUAAACUACUGUGCGGGGUAUGUGACUGAGAUACCGCGCCAGCGUCCAAGAUCUUUCAGUGUCGCUUUGCUCGUUUUCUGUGGGUAUUGUUUUAGGAAGAUUCUAGAUGAUAAUCCCAUGUCUGCAUAUUUGUUUGAUUUUUCAAGCUCUGCUUUACCCAUUCUGGGUAUCAACUAUUUGCUGAGUACUCCUCGUUUCUUUGACCCGAUGGUUCAGUGCGUGCAUUUCGAACGUUCGGUACACUGCUGGCUGCGUGCAUUUGAGACAUUCAGAGCGGAACAUUGGAUGGAAAUGAUUGGGAUUCCUAGAGCUCUCCUUUUGUAAAGUAUGCCUCCAUUGCGGAACACGGGCGGCGGCGCAGCUUCUGCACUCUGCACUGCUGACAUUGUGAAUUGGGUCGCUGGAAAACUUUUCCGUGCGAUUCAGUGCCUGCUUAAACUGAAUACACGUUGACUUACUAAUAA